AUGCCACUCACAAACGAGGGAAUUCGAAUAAGGCGAAGAGUGUCGCGAAGUCCGACUUUCAAUCGUCCAUCUCUCAACCAUCACUCGUUGAAUCAACCGAUUUGCUCGAAAACCCUCUACCAAAUAGAGGACUUGGAAACGGAGAAGAGAUUUUGUUGGAUACCGCAAAAUAGUCAAGCACAACAGCAAUCAUUUGCUGCCGAAACUGUUGCCUCGAGACAGAAAAGCUCGGUCAAGAUUCCACCUCGUUUUGUGAGAAGCGAAUCGGGGAAAGAGUUGGCGAGUCGAAUGAAUUCCACAAAGAAACAAGAAAAAGAUGAGGAUGAAGAAAAUGAGGAGAAAAUUAAUGUGGAAUUUUUCGAUGAAGAAAUCAUCGAUUCACCGGAUAGAGAAAGGAAAAUCAAGGUGCAACAACUUGCGAAUGCAAGCGGUGAGAAAGACGAGUGUUGGACGGGCGAUUGUGUUCCCGAGGCGCUCAUCGAACUCGUCAAUCAUCAUCAAUCGAAGCUAUCGAGAAACCGAGGCUCGGCAGCGAGUAAACGUUUGAAGUUUCGUUUGGGCGAUCAUUCAUAUGUUGUUGAUGGUGGGUUUUUUCGAAAACCUCUC